AUGCAGGCGCCCAAAUCGCUCACAAUAGGCGUCGUCGAGCCGCCUCCCGAGGUGGUGCGCGUCAGCAGCGGCGGUGGCUCUGUCGGUGGCGCGCCCGUUGCCCCUGCGGUCGGAUUUCCGCAGUUCGUCAAGUCAGCGGCUGAUGGUGGCAGGGUUCCCGCUCAUAUGCAGCAGCAGCAGCAGCAGCAGCAGCAGCAGCAGCAGCAGCAGCAGCAGCAGCAGCAGCAGCAGCAGCAGCAGCAGCAGCAGCAGCAGCAGCAGCAGCAGCAGCAGCAGCAGUAG